AUGGAUCUUCGGAAUGAGAUGGAAAUUUCCUCCUUUAAGUAUGAAAAACUGAAUUCGGUCUACGUCGGACUUCUAACCAGGGCUUCGGUCCGCACCUAUUUUUCUGUUCCGGAACAGGAAACGGAUCUUGAACGGGACCAUGAACUUGUUCCGGAACAGGAAACGGACCUUAAACGGAUCUCGGAACACGGACCGAAGCGCCGCACCUUAUUUUCUGUUCCGGAACAGGAAACGGACCUUAAACGGAUUUUGGAACACAGACCGAAGUCCGCUUCUAACUUUUAUCGGGGUACGCAAGAAUAA